GAGGAGCUUUCCCUGGGCUGGGAGGCGCCCUGGGCGAGGCCGGAACGCCACUGCAGACUUCCCCUGCGGUCGCCAGGUGGUGGUUUCUGGACAGGGUCCAUCCACCUGGCCUGCCUCCCACCGGCACCCAGACCCUUUAGCCGCACCCUCCGGUCCCACGCGUCCCCAGGGGACCCCCAGGACCCGCCUCCCACUGCAGAAGCGCAGCCACCGCGCGCCCCGCCCCCCGCUGGGGCUGGCACGAGGCGCCUAUAAAGUGGCGAGUGCUUUGCAGGCUGCACGCGAACCUCCGGUGUUGCAGUCCCAGACGCUGCCCGACACUUGUCUCCCAUCCCCCCAAGCGAGGACUCUGCCGCGGCCAGGGUCGCCUUGACAACCAGCAGCACAGCGGGUCAGCACAGCCGGAGCCCUGGCGGCCAGAAGAGCACUGAUCGUCCUGGCCCACGCGGAGGCCACGUCCUUCAACCAUGCCAUGAAGGAGGCUGCCGUAGAGGCCUUGAAGGGCAAAGGAUGGCAGGUCACUGUGUCAGACCUGUAUGCCAUGAACUUCAAUCCCGUCAUCUCCAGAAGGGACAUCACAGGUACACUGAAGGACCCCGGGAACUUUCAGUAUCCUGCCGAGUCUGCUCUAGCUUAUAAAGAAGGCCGUCUGAGCCCCGAUAUUGUGGCGGAACAAAAGAAGCUGGAAGCUGCGGACCUUGUGAUUUUUCAGUUCCCGCUGCAGUGGUUCGGAGUCCCCGCCAUCCUGAAGGGCUGGUUCGAACGGGUGCUCAUAGGCGGGUUCGCCUACACGUAUGCUGCCAUGUAUGACAACGGACCUUUCCGGAACAAGAAGACGGUGCUCUCCAUCACUACCGGCGGCAGCGGCUCCAUGUACUCGCUGCAGGGCGUCCACGGGGACAUGAACGUCAUUCUCUGGCCAAUUCAGAGUGGCACUCUGCAUUACUGUGGCUUCCAAGUCCUGGAACCUCAGCUGACUUACAGCAUUGGGCACACUCCUGCGGAUGCGCGAAUUCAGAUCCUGGAUGGAUGGAAGAAACGCCUGGAGACUAUUUGGGACGAGACGCCACUGUAUUUUGCUCCAAGUAGCCUCUUUGACUUAAACUUCCAGGCAGGAUUCUUAAUGAAAAAGGAAGUGCAGGAUGAGCAGAAAAACAAGAAGUUUGGCCUCUCUGUGGGCCAUCAUUUGGGCAAGCCCAUCCCAACUGACAACCAGAUCAAAGCCAGAAAAUGAGCCUCAUAGUACUGGAUUCCUUUCACAAAUGUAGCCAAAUCUCGGUUUUUUUUCAGGCUGCUUUGACUUGCUUUAGUUUUAAGAUUUGUGUGUUUUUCUUUCCUUUCCACAAGGAACAAAGAGGAGACAGAAUUGACUGUAUCCACACAUUUUUGGAUAGUUUUAUUACAUGUAACUGAUUCUAAUGACUGCUGUCAUGGCAAAACCUGCUUAGGUUCAAGUAGCCACUGAGGCUAUAAAUCAGGGAAAGAUGGAGAAAGAUGGGAGGCAAUAUUUUUUAAGGUCCUCUACACAAUUGAAUUCCACUUUUUAGGGCUACAUUUUUUGGGCUAAAUCUGGCUGGCUAGUAUCCAACUUUCAAUGAUACAUUUUCCUUUUAAUUACCUCUCUGUGGUUUAUGGCAGAAGGGAAUUAAUCACUCUGAGAAAGAAAUGGCUGAAUCUGACACAAGGGACUUGUUUAGUAGUUCCUAAUCUGUGCUUGUUUAUGAUAGAUAUUGGUUUUAAUUACUACACAGUGACUAAUAUGCCUAACGUGUGUGUUACCCUUGCUUUGCCUUUUGUUCUUUAUACACAGCACACACAGAUACCCGUAAAUCUUCUAAUUUCAUGUCUGCAGAAAUCAACCAACAUGUCUGUACUCUACAUCUGCUACAAUGAAGGAACUCAAUAAAUAGUUACUUCCAAUAUUUAACAACA